GCAUGCUGCAGUCGAAGCCUCCCAAGUAAGAAUAUUUUAAUUCAGUGUAUUUGUAGACUACGGCCCCGGCAAUCAUGGGUGUCUUUAUAUUUUUACUGUUGCUAUUAAUGGCCGCUACUCUUAUUUAUUUAAUUAAAAAACUGUAUGAUUUUUAUCGCAUUCGUUUCCAUCUUGCCGCCAUUCCGUCUCCUGAAGGGGUUGUAUUUUUUGGAAACCUAUUUUCGCUUAUAUCAAAGAAACCUGAGGAAAUUUUCGAUAUGUUGAGAGACUUGGCCCAAGAGUAUUGGCCUAUAUACAGAAUCAGAACGUUUUAUCUGACAACUGUCAGUCUACUGAUUCCUGAAGACAUUGAGACGGUAUUAUGCGGAAUGAAGCACUUAAAGAAAAGCAAGCUCUAUGAUUUUUUAAACAGCUGGUUAGGGGAAGGUUUAUUGACGAGUUCUGGAAAAAAAUGGCAAACAAGAAGAAAAAUCUUAACACCGGCGUUUCAUUUCAAUAUAUUGCAACAAUUUUUAAAUAUUUUCAACGAAGAAACAAACAAAAUGGUGCAACAAUUUGAAAAUGUAGGAAACAACGGUUUUAUAGAUGUUACACCGUUUAUAACACAGAUGACGCUGCAAUCUAUAGGAGAAACUGCAAUGGGUUUGAAAAAUAUCGACGAAGCCACGCAAAAAGCAUAUAGACAAAGCAUAUACCGAAUAGCACAACUUCUUUUAUUAAAGUUAUUAAAACCAUGGAUAAGAUUACCAUUUGUCUACCCUUUUUCUACUGUCGGACGAGAAGAAAAGAAAGAGGUUGAAAAGUUGCAUAGAUUCUCGAACAGUGUUAUUGCUGAAAGAGAAAAACGUUUCUUGGAAGAAAAGGAACACAAAUCGGAGUCGUACAGUGGUAGGAAAAGGAUGGCUAUGUUGGAUUUGUUACUCUCCGCCAAACACGAAGAUGGUAAUAUUGAUAAUGAGGGUAUAAGAGAGGAAGUCGAUACUUUUAUGUUUGAGGGUCACGAUACAACAGCCAUGGCGAUUUCCUAUCUGUUUUUGUGCUUGGGUUACCAUCAAAAUAUACAGAAAAAAGUAUCCGAAGAAAUUGAUGAAAUAGUGGGACUCACAUCGUCGAAAGCACCGACCUACCACGACCUCCAAGAGCUAAAAUACACGGAAAGGGUGAUAAAGGAGACCCUUCGGCUUUUUCCUAGCGUUCCGUUUAUCUCGAGGAUUGCCAGCGAAGAUUUUACCACUCAUUCGGGGUAUUUUAUUCCGAAGGGCACCAUAUUGCAUAUGCAUAUAUUCGAUUUGCACAGGCACCCAAGCAUCUACGAGAAUCCUGAAGAGUUCGACCCGGACAGAUUUUUACCUGGUAAUUCGAAAAAUCGUCACCCUUUCGCGUAUAUUCCUUUUAGUGCAGGGCCAAGAAAUUGCAUAGGUCAAAGAUUUGCCAUGUUGGAAUUAAAAUCAGUAUUAUGCGGAGUUUUAAGGAAAUUUCGUUUGGAAUCACUGGAUGAUCCAAGGACUAUAAAAUUCUUGCCUGAUCUAGUCUUGAGAACCGAGUCUGAAAUUAAAAUUAAGUUUGUACCAAAAUAGUAAAUAUAGUUAAUAA